AUGACCCAACUGCACCCUUCACAAUCCUCAACAACGCUGACCGAGGACGCAGCGCUCCGCAACACCCUUCCUCUGCCACAACAUCGCACCCUCAACAACUCACCCUCCACCUCUUCCCUCAACACCAACACCACCGCCAACAACACCGUCCCAACUCGUCGUCCUUUCGCUGAUGCCACCUUCCACGCUGCUGAUGCCUCGCAGGACGAGAGCAUGUACGGCACCCAGGGUCACCACCCAACCUCCAAGGCACCCCUCUACAUCCGUGGACAAUGGUUCAAAGAUCACACCGGUCGCACAGUCACCCUUCGCGGCGUGAACCUUUCAGGAGCUUCCAAGAUGCCCGUCGGCUGCCCUUCCCAUCAGGCCGAGGGUUUCUUGGACGAAGACGGAACUGAAGUUUCGUUCGUUGGGCGGCCCUUCCCUCUAGAAGAAGCUGAUGAACAUCUGGGCCGACUCAAGUAUUGGGGCUUUAAUCUUCUCCGAUUUAUUGUUACCUGGGAAGCCAUUGAACAUGCAGGACCAGAACUGGCAUUAAUCGGACGGCCCAUCGGCGAAACCGGUGCUAUCGCUUGCCAGCCCGCCAUUGUUGUCGUUGGUUCAUUAUCGCUUUUGGGUGGCAAGUACGACAUAGAGUUCUUUGAAUACCUCGUCCAGGUCCUCCACAAGUGCAAAGAGUACGGCUUCAAGUGUUUCAUCGAUCCCCAUCAGGAUGUGUGGUCACGAUUCUCUGGCGGAUCUGGUGCUCCCCUCUGGACAUUGCACCUGGCGGGACUUGAUCCCAGCCGCUUCGCACAAACCAACGCCGCAAUCGUCCAAAACUUAUAUCACGACCCCGAAAACUAUCCCAAGAUGAUCUGGGUCACCAACUACACCAAGCUUGCCGCCGCUACCAUGUUCACCCUCUUCUUCGCCGGCAAUGUCUUCGCCCCCAACUGCGUCGUUGACAACAUGAACAUCCAGGACUACCUCCAGACCCACUACAUCAAGAGCUACAUGGCCCUUGCAGAAUACAUCACUGCUCAGCACGGCAUUGAGGACGACGUCGUCAUCGGAUACGAUACCCUCAACGAACCCUCCGCUGGUUGGAUCGGUGUCGAGGAUGUCACCAAGAUCCCUGCUCACCAAGAAUACAGCAAGGAGUUUACCCCAACCCCACUCCAGGCCAUGCUUCUCGGCCAGGGACAUGAGCAAACGGUCGAGUUUUGGGUUUCAACAUUCUUUGGACCCAAGAGAAAGGGAUCCAAAACCAUCGAUCCCGAGGGCGUCACUGCCUGGCUCUCACUCGAAGAUCGCGACCAAAAGGACAAGCGAUUCGGCUGGAAGCGUGCUCCCCAGUUCCCCAGGGCCGGCGAGUGUAUCUGGGCUCAGCACGGUGUCUGGGACUUUGACACUCAGCAAGUCUUGGUGCCUGAUUACUUCUUGAACGAUCCUGGUACCAAGGAGAUGUUUGACUUUGGUUCACGGUCAUUCUUGCCAUUCUGUCGACGAUUCGCCCAAGCUGUCCGUACGAUCCACAAGGCCGCCAUCAUCUUUUUGGAGCCUCCAGUCAACGAGCUUCCUCCCUCGCUCCCUCCUCCUCAUGACGACGAUGAUGUUGCCCAGUUCGACAUCACCUCCCGUGUUGUCUAUGCCCCUCACUGGUACGAUGGUCUGACUCUCCUGAACAAGCGCUGGAACUUCUUCAAUAUUGACUACCUCGGAGUGAAACGCGGUCGAUAUGCCAGCUACGCCGCCGCAGUCAAGAUCGGCGAGAAGGCCAUCAGGGAAUGCUUCCGGUAUCAGUUGGCCUGCAUCAAGGAGGAAGGUCAGGCUGCUAUUGGACAACACCCCACCCUCAUUGGUGAGAUCGGCAUCCCCUACGAUAUGAGCGACAAAAAGUCCUACAAGCCCAACGGCAACUACAAGGACCAGAUCAAGGCCAUGGACGCCAACAUGUACGCGCUCGAAUCCAACCACCUCAAUUUUACUCUCUGGAACUACUGUGCCGACAACAGCCACAAGUGGGGUGAUCUGUGGAAUGGCGAGGAUCUCUCGCUCUGGAGCAAGGACGACCUCGACAAGGACCCUCGCAAGUUUGCCAACGAUUCUAGCACUGAUGUCUACGCCCCGCAGAAGAAUGGAUCCCUGAACUCACUGUCAUCUCCCCAGGACGUCACUAUCCCCCUCCAGGACUCACCCACACUCACAAGACGAUCUUCCUCGGUUUCGAUCGACAAGAAGCUGGCACAGGCUCAGGCUCGGACCAGGGUUGGAACCCUCUCGUCAACGUCAACGUCAGCGUCAUCGGUUUCAUCUACAGCGUCGAAUCGUCCCUUGUUGAAGAAUGGUGCUAGCGACGCCAGCCAGGGAGAUCGCCGGCUUCUUCACCCUGACGUUGGAGGACGUGCUGUUAUUGCCUUCUGCAGACCUUAUGCCCAGAAGGUCGCCGGAACCCCCUUAGAGAUUUCCUUCUCGCUCAACAAUGUCACGUUCAAAUUCUCAUUCAAGCGCACACCCUCGACGACUGAGCCCGGCGCAAUUGCCUCCAACCCUCUCAACUCGCCCAAGCCUGGCAAGCUCAGCGAACCUACGGUGAUCUAUCUCCCUCGCAUCCAUUUCCCUGGACGCGAAGAGUACUUGGCCUCGUUGGGAGGAAACCGCUCUGCAGGCACUGCUCAGACCAAGCCCAAGGAGCCUGUCUGCCCUGUGACCGUUUCGGGAGGUCAUUGGGAGUGGAAGGAGCAGGAGCAGACUUUGCUCUGGUGGACUGGCGAGGGCGAGGAUGGUAAUAUGGACAAGUCGGAGGCUGGCAAGCGCACGCCCUCGUUGGACGAUGGUGUCUAUGAGAUUACGGUCGUGGGUAAGAAGUGGACCGGCAACUCGUUCGGUGGUUCUGCAAAGACCGGAGGUAGCAGUCUCUGGAGCGCCGUCAGCCAGUGCUGCCGCAUCUCUUAG